UAGCGGCAUCGUACCUUCCAGUAGCAUAAAAACUCUGCGCCUCUCUUGCUUCUCGAUUUAUAUAAAAAGAGAGUGGGAGCAUGCCCGUUUCGGUGAACUUUGGACGCAUGGCAGGCAGCAAGAAGACGGGUAUUGAGGAGAGAAGGAAGCCGGAGGACGGUGUCGUUUCAGGACGGCGGAAGAGGGUCCGAGAAGAUUUCCCGACGGGGCACGACGUCGUUUCCGGGAGGCAGGAGGAGGCUGUAGAUGACGCCGUGACGGAGGAGGAGGUGGAGGAGUUCUUCGCGAUCCUGAGGCGAAUACACGUGGCGGUUAGUUACUUCAAGGGCGCCGGCAAAGGCAACGGGCAUCUUAAGUCAAUGGCAAUUGAUCUCGAGGGGGAGGGGCACGAGGAAGUUACUGGCGUACAAGGAGAGGAACAACGCAAGAGGAAGGAGGAGGAGGGCAUCAAGGAGCAGGCGGGUUUCGACUUGAACUUGGAUCCGGAUCCAGAUUGUGAACCGAUUUAGUCGGAUCCUCGCGAAGUGUUUACCGUGUACGGUUUGGGUGUCGUUUUUUGUUUUGGCUCUCUUUACACACGGCAUGCUAUUCUAUACAUACCAUUUUGGUGGCUCAAAGAAGCCCAAAAUGUUCCAUUAUUUUAUUUUAGUUUAUAGCAUUUUUAAUGGAAGAUGGAUAAACAUUAUAUUUA